AUGUCCAACAUCUACUUGAACUCGUCGAUGUUACAACACCUGAAUCACACGGUGCAGGAAUAUGUUUCCGAUUGGUUGAAAUCGCAGCAGUUGACGUUCAACAAGACGAAUUUGACGGCCAAUGCGCCCGUGAGUACAUCAAGUUGGACCACAAUUGUUGUCACGGCACUUUUAGCGUAUUUGGCUUGGAACUAUCUUUUGAGUGUACGUCAAAGUCCGUUACCCAAGCCAGCCCGCUUCGAUGUGGUCGUGCCAGAAGCUGCACAGAGGCAUUGGAAGGGCAAAAAACUGUACGCAGCAACCACUGGGACGAAUGGCAACUCACAUAGGCAGAUCGAAUGCUACUGUCCUGCAACGGGUCAAUUUCUGGGUGCUUUUGAGUCAAUGGGCCGUGAACAAGUUGAUUUGUUGGUGACGAAAGCCCGCGAUGCUCAAGUGAAAUGGGGUCAAACUUCGUUACAAGAGCGUUCUAGAGUACUUGCAUCGUUGCGCGACUAUGUUUUGAAAAAUCAGGACUCAAUUGCGCGCGUCGCUUGUAGAGACUCCGGUAAGACAAUGCUUGACGCUUCCAUGGGAGAAAUCCUUGUCACAUUGGAAAAAUUGAAUUGGACCAUCAAACACGGGGCCCGUGCGCUCAAGCCAUCACGGCGUGCUGGUCCAACCAAUUUCUUUAUGAAAUGGUACAAGGGCGCAGAGGUCCGAUACGAACCUUUGGGAGUCGUUGGGGCACUUGUUUCUUGGAAUUAUCCAUUCCACAACCUAUUGGGACCUAUUAUCGCUGCAAUCUUCUCUGGAAACGCCAUUGUGAUCAAAUGUUCUGAAAAUGUUGUGUGGUCGUCUAGAUAUUUCAUUUCUCUGGUCCGGGAAUGCCUAGUUGCGUGCGGUCACGAUCCAAACUUGGUCCAGUUGUUCUACUGUUUACCUCCUUCUGCUAACGAUGACGCUGCCAAUUAUUUCACGUCACAUUCUGGAAUCAAACAUCUAACGUUUAUCGGUAGUAAACCCGUUGCUCAUCAUGUUUUGUCCGCUGCGUCCAAGAGUUUGACUCCUGUCGUCGUGGAAUUAGGUGGGAAAGAUGCCUUCAUUGUAUUAGAUUCUGUCAAGGACCUAGAGGCGCUUUCGUCGGUUAUCAUGCGCGGUACGUUCCAAUCUUCGGGCCAGAAUUGUAUCGGUAUCGAGCGUGUCAUUGUUUCUGCAGUGAACUACGAUAAACUGGUGUCCAUUUUGACACAUAGAGUGGGCCAACUGAGAUUGGGGUCUGAUAUUGACAAUUUGGAAGACGUAGACGUGGGCGCCAUGAUCUCUGAUAACAGAUUUGCGCAAUUGGAAGAUAUGGUACAAGAUGCCGUGAAUAAAGGUGCCAAACUUUUGCACGGUGGGAGUCGAUUCAACCAUCCAAAUUAUCCUCAGGGUCACUAUUUCCAACCCACACUUUUGGUCGACGUGACACCGGACAUGGACAUUGCCCAAAAUGAAGUUUUCGGUCCAAUGCUAGUGGUUAUGAAAGGUUCUGACACGCAGGACUGUGUUCGUCUUGCCAAUUCUGCACCUUUUGGACUAGGUGGAUCCAUCUUUGGCAGUGAUUACAAUGAAUGUCGCAGCGUCGCAGAACAAUUACAAACCGGUAAUGUGGCUAUAAACGAUUUUGCCACUUUCUACGUGUGUCAAUUACCCUUCGGAGGCAUCAAUGGAUCUGGUUAUGGUAAAUUUGGUGGUGAAGAAGGUUUACAAGGAUUGUGCAAUGCCAAGAGUGUAUGUUUCGAUACUUUACCGUUCGUUUCAACCCAAAUUCCUCCACCAUUGGAUUAUCCAAUCCCGAGCAAUGCCAAAGCCUGGAAAUUUGUCAAAAGUUUCAACACGGGCAGUUAUACGCCAUCUGUUUGGCAAAGACUGAAAGCGCUUCUGUCAUUGGCAAGAAACGCUAACUAG